GCAACUACCGGAAGUGCCGGCCCUAAGAGGUGGAGUCCGGGCGGCGGCGGCCGUUGCCUGGAGCCCGCGCUGCCGCCGGAGACCGAUAAUAUGGCCGGGAGGAGGAGGAGAAGGCGGCGGUGGACCGAGCUGCUCUCUUUCAGUACCAGUUGAACCGUUUGCUUCCUGACAAGGCCCGUGUGCUACUGUGUUGCCUACACUGUUCUGUGUCAUGGGGAUUCAGCCGUGAGCAAGACUCGGAGAGUACCUGUGCUUAUGGAGCUUACGAUUUGGUGGAGGAAGACAGACAAAAGCCAAGGAAAUAAACAAGAUAAUUUCAGAUAGUGUGUGGUUGUGGGAAGAUGGAGGAAUAUGAGAAGUUCUGUGAGAAAAGUCUUUCCAGAAUCCAAAAGGCAUCACUAUCCACAGAGAGCUUUCUGCCUGUUCAGUCUGAAAACAUUUCACUUAUUCGCUUCCAUGGAGUGGCUGUGCUUUCUCCACUGCUUAAUAUUGAGAAAAGAAAGGAAAUGCAACAAGAAAAGCAAAAAGCACUUGAUGUAGAAGCAAGAAAGCAGGUUAAUAGGAAGAAAGCUUUACUGACUCGUGUCCAGGAGAUUCUUGAAAAUGUUCAGGUUAGAAAAGCACCUAAUGCCAGUGAUUUUGAUCAGUGGGAGGAUGAAACAGUUUACUCUAAUUCAGAAGUCAGAAACUUGAAUGUUCCUGCUACCUUCCCAAAUACCUUGCCAAGCUCUACCGAACACUCUACUUUAGCAAAGUUUGAAAAGAUAACUGGAAUUUUGCCAUUGAAUAAUGAGGACCAAUUUAAAUCUAAUGGAAUAGACUUAGCUAGGGAUUCCGAAAAAUUUAAUUUUCUGAAGCAAGGUAGUAGUUCAAAUAUUGGUUGUAUAGAAAAUGAAGCUUCUCUGAAGACCUCAGCAACCCCACAAGAGACUCUUAUUUCUGGUGGUCUCCUCCCAAAAAAUGAAGAACAGGAUCCAUCACUUUUGGAAGAAGUUACUCCGGAUCCCUACUUAAUGAGUCUCCAGAACCUGAUGAAAAAGUCAAAGGAAUAUAUAGAGAAAGAACAAUCUAGACGCAGUCUGAGAAAUAGUGCAAAUGGAAGUGUUAAUGAGAGUCAUUCAGACAAAGAAAAUGAUGCCGUUAAAGUGACUGACUGUGUAAAGGAGAAGACCCAGUUUAUGGGCAAACACUGUAGUUCAGUGAUUCCUGAUAAACCAAGCCUUAAUAAAUCAAAUGUUCUUCUCCAAGGUGCUUCCGCUCAAGCAAGCAGCAUGAACACAGCAGUUUCGGGUAGUUUUUCUAAAGCAGACAUAGCUGUGGGAACUGGCCACCCCACUGUUUCAAAUCCUGAUUCUGAUUUUAAAGUCAUUCCCACUUUUGUUACUGAAAAUAAUGUUAUCAAAAGUCUUACUAGUUCAUAUGCCAUAUUACCUAGCCCAGAGCCAAGCCUGAGUCCUAAAAUGCAUCGAAGGCGUUCUAGGCCAUCAUCAGCAUAUAAUAUUCUUAUAAAUAAUCCAGUAAAUGCCUGUGAAUUAAGUCCUAAAGGAAAAGAACAGACAGUAGACUUAAUUGUUCAAGAUACUGAUGAAAAAACAAGCGUACCUGAAACGGUGCCAAAGUUACCAACUGAUUUAACAGGAGUUUGUUCAAGCAAGGUUUAUGUCAGCAAAAAUACAUCUGAAGCUAUACAAGAAAUGGUUCUAAAUAAUUCAAAUCAGGUAUGUCAAUCUUCAGGAAAUCAAAAAGAAAACUACCCAUAUGUCAUAACAGCUGAACAGGAGAGGCAACAUUUGCCAGAAAAAAUAUGCCCUACAGGAUCUGUCUACAUCAACAAGAAUAAAAUGUUAGAAAGUAUUUCUAGAGAAGAUGAGGAAAUAUUAAAAAGCAAGAUGUUAGCAUUUGAAGAAAUGCGGAAGAGACUAGAAGAACAGCACGCCCAGCAGUUAUCACUACUCAUAGCUGAGCAGGAAAGGGAACAGGAAAGAUUGCAAAAGGAAAUAGAAGAACAGGAAAAAAUGUUCAAAGAGAAGAAAGUGAUUACAGCGGAAGCCUCUGAAUUGGAUAUUAACAGUACAGUGGACUUAGAAUGGAGAAAAAUAAGUGACUCCAGUUUGCUAGAAACGAUGCUCUCUCAAAUGGACUCACUCCAUACUUCAAAUUCCAAUAGUUCUGGUUUCACAAAUUCUGCCCUACAACAUAGCUUUGGUUCUGUAAAUGAAGCACCAUUCUACCUCUGGGGAUCAUCAACUAGUGGCUUGACCAAACCCUCCGUAACAAGGCCUUCUGUAAGAGCCACAACUAAAUGGUCUCAGGCUUUCAGUCCAGAAGUACAAGCAAAAUUUAAUAGAAUAACUGCUGUGGCAAAAGGAUUUCUUACUCGUAGGCUUAUGGAGACAGAUAAAUUGAAGCAACUUCGACAAACUGUAAAAGACACUAUGGAAUUCAUAAGAAGUUUUCAGUCAGAAGCACCAUUAAAGAGAGGAGUUGUUUCAGCACAGGAUGCUUCUCUUCAGGAGAGAGUGCUGGCUCAGUUGCGGGCUGCCCUGUAUGGUAUUCAUGAUAUAUUCUUUGUAAUGGAUGCAGCUGAAAGAAUGUCUAUUCUACAUCAUGACCGAGAAGCUCGAAAAGAGAAAAUGCUCAGGCAAAUGGAUAAAAUGAAAAGUUCACGAGUGUCUCUUUCUGCUGCAACACAGAAGUCUCUUGAUAGGAAGAAGUAUAUGAAAGCUGCUGAAAUGGGAAUGCCAAAUAAGAAAUUCCUGGUUAAACAAAACCCUUCUGAAGCAAGAGUUCUUCAGCCAAACCAAGGACAGAAUGCUCCUGUUCAUAGGCUACUUAGUAGACAAGGAACCCCUAAGACAUCACUGAAGGGGGUUGUGCAAAAUAGACAGAAGUCUUCACAGAGCAGAGUGCCUAACAGAGCGCCUGUUUCAGGAGUAUAUGCAGGAAAAAUCCAAAGAAAGCGGCCAAAUGUUGCGACAAUUUAAGAAGACAACAUUCAUUAGGAUAAAAAGCGGGGAGGGUUUCAUCCAUAUUAUUGUCCAUGCCCAAGACUUUCAUUUCACCCUGGACUGUUUACACAGACAAAGUGACGUCAAAGGGCUGAAUAAUUAUGUGGGUAAUAUGGUCAGUCUGGCUAAUUCCUUCCCACACCCCCAUUUUCCUUUUAACAUUAGGUUUGGGUGAAGACAAAUUAGUAUUUAGUUAAUUGACUCAUCUCUAUGCUUAACCUGUACAAACAAGUUUGUUUUAUGCACCCAUAUGACUGUUGAGAACUUUUUGUAAACUUAAAAGGAUAUUUGGGUUUAUAUUUAUAAAAUACUGAAAAGGUGUGAUAAAAUAUAGGUUCGGAAAUUAAAUUUCAUUCAUCUCUGCAUACUGAUUGCUGAAUUUGAUAUAUUAGAUGCUGUUCUAUUCAAGGGGAAAUUAUUGCAGAAAAAAUGUUUUCUCCCAGUUUUGUAAAAACUGAUUAAUCUCUCAGCCUUCAUAUUCUUGGUCUUACAGGAUAGCCAUGUAGAAUAAAGCAUUUGCCUGCUGAUUGUAGGUCCACCUAACAUUUACCAUGGAAGUAUCUGGGGAUCACCCUUUUGGUCAUAAGCACACAUUUCUCUCAACAGCUAGUUGUCUUACAGAAAUGUUAGGUUUGAUGUUUGUUGUCCCAGUACUCUUAGAAACAUUUCUGCUGAAUUAUCAAAUCUUUCUGUAGAGGGUGACAACUUUGGUGAAGACAGUACAGUCUUCCUGAAUGUAGUGGCAUGCAUUAAUGUUACAUUCAUCUCUGUAACAUAGAAUGUUGCAUGCAGUUUUGUUUUCCAUUUAGUCUGUAUAUUUUGUUUCUUCAGAGUCUGCUUUUUCUAGCAUGCUUGAUUUAGGAGAGAACAAAGGGCUAUAUAACAUAAUAAGAAGGUCAGAUUUUCAAAUGGGAUAGUAAUAUUAUCUAGUUGAAAUUCUGCAUUAUUUAAGAAGCACUGCCUUUUAAAGUUUUUCAUCACUAACAUAUUCAUUUAAAAUAUAAACCAAAAAAUGUUACUAAGGGACUAUGAUUUUAUGAAAGAGAAUGCCACUGUUGAUUUAUGAUAGCAUUUCCAAAAAGGGCUUUGUGCUUCUCACAUAAAAUUGGGACUGUGUACAUUUAACCUGUCUGAAUUUUUAAAAGAUACUGGUGUUUGAAAAUGUAGCCUAUAUAUAUUCCUAAUAUUCUUUAAAGAAUGAAGAUAAAGAUUGUUUUCUUUGAUUUUCUGUUCUAUUUAAAAUUUAACUUUUACAGCCAACCAUGGACAGAAAGUAAUAGCCUACUCUAUCCGGGUGUAAACUUUAUUGAGAUGUAUCAUUUGUUAAAUGAGUAAACCAGGAAGUUAAGAGACAGGUAAAAUGUCUGAGUUACCAAUUUUUUUAUUUGUAGGCAAGAAUAUCAAAUUAUCUUAAUAUGAUAAAUUAUGCUUUAUCGUUCUGAAACCUCAGGAGACAGAUUGCUCAUAUCAUUGUGGAUCUUUCCAGUAAGAAAGAUACUAAAAGUUUUGUGUACACUAAUACAAAUUAGCUAAAACAAAUAGUAUGUUUUGGAGAAAGUUAAAACUAGUUUUAGAUUAAGGAUGAGAAACUUGAGUGUGUUUUUUUUUAAGAUAGAGCAUGUGUGUUUUAUACCUUGUUUAAAUGUUCACAGCUUUUCUCAUAAAAGUGCCAGACAUUGUUUUUGUGCUUUUAAUGGAUUUUUAUUUAUACGCAUUAUUUUUUUAAUAUUUACUUUGAAGUGGAAUGUUCAUUAAUGUGAAUUGUAUUUAUUUUUAUACUUUAAUUUUCAUUAGUUUUGCUUCUAGGAAAAAGACAAAAUAAACUUU